AUUGAUGGACUUCAACUGCCAGAAUUUUCCAGCCAGCAUGCCAAAUGUGAAAUAUUGUGACUUACAGAUGUUUAUAUUAAUUACACAUAACCUUGAUGGUUCAGCAAUCAUUCCAUAACUGGAACAUAUCCCAAACCAUGCUAUUUUCAUCCUUUGUUUCAUAUCUUCCCUUUCUAUUUCUUUUAUGGCUUGGGUGAAGCUAUUGUGUGAAGCUAAGGUAGAGAGAAUGUGCUAUUGUCAUAGAAUUGUCCGAUUUACAUUUUAUUUAUAUAGUAUUUAUAUUUUUACUCCUUUAUUUCAGGAAGAUAUGUUAUAUCGCCUUUUGCUGGCUGCGGAGAAGAAAGAAAGAAGGAAUUGUUACAUAGAUUUUAACCGAUAUAUUUUGUUUUCAAGAGCUGAGACCAGCAUUUUCCAACCAUAGCAACUUUAAGAGGUGCCUUGCCAAACCAUGGCUAGCCAGCAUGACGAGACUGGGAAGGAUGGGUGUUUUGCCAGUGAGGAUUUGGCUGCCGAAGCCAUGGCCGCAGACAUGGAUUCCUGGGUGGUCUUUGACGCCCGCAAGACCCCCAAAGCUGAAUUUGAGGAAUGGCUCCAGACCUACCAACCAUCCCGCGUCUCUCGCUAUGGAAACCCGGAGUGCAACACCGAGCCGGUGGGCUGGAUUGCCAUCUACAGCCCCAGCUUUUCUCCAGAAGCUGGCGAUGUCAUAGGGCUGCAGGAGGACUGGGAACACUUACAGCUGAGCGGGCGCCACGUGACUUUUGAGUCGAUCAAGGAACUGGCCCUUAACCGGCGGGUCCUGACCGGGAAGUGGCUGAUGCACCUGGACAGUGGCUUCAAAGUGGACCACGCCUGGUGUGGCAUCGCCCGGGCAGUCCUGGAAGGGCGAAUCAGGGUGGCCAAAGUCAGCCCCUGCUGCCCCGACUCGGAUCGCAAACACGUGAUCUGCGUGUACACAGACGAUUUCACCAACGAAGAGCAAGUGCUGAUGGCCGAUUCCGUGAUCCGGACCACAGGGGUCAAGUGCCUGUUAUCCUACAAGCCUGAUGCUUACACCUAUCUGGGCAUUUACCGCGACAACCGUUGGCAUCUCUGCCCCACCAUUUACGAAAGCAGGUUUGAUCUGGAAUGCGUCCCUCGGCGCUCCCGUAUCACGAACAAGGUGAGCAACAGCGAAGUGACUUAAAACUCCCGUUCUUGAGCGUGUUAACGCUCCCACACUAAGACUGGGGACGACACAAUCCCACCGUGCAAUGUUGACUCUCUUUUUCUCAGAGGUGGUAGAUUUGCCCAACCGCAGGCGGGCUGGAUCAAAGCUUGCCUCGAUGGCAUUUCUGCCUCCAUCAUGGGGCUGUUAGUUCUGGCUGAGAAGCUUAAAACCCCAUUUUUCUGACAACUACGAGUGGACCUCUGCAUUUACCAUUUGAACCACUAAACUGUGUGCACUGCACAACCUUGUGCGAGCCGAUCGGCUUCGGAACUGUCUUUUUAUUGCAGCAAGAGCCCAACAGAUAAUCCCUACCAAUCUUUUCCUGCAAAAUGGCUCGCCAGCAGUACAAAGAAGUAAUUGGCUGCGGUGUCCAAUUUCUGGUAUCUAGGAAGGUGUUUGGGAAGCGCGGGGGGGGGGGGAGAUAUCAAAAUCCAAAUGCAGCAUCAGAGGGAAAAAUAGUACUAAGUUUUGACGGAUGCGUGAAGUGGAAAAACGCUAGGCAAGAGGUAGGCUAAAUAUUUCUUUCCAUCUUUGCUCAGAAGUAAUUGAAUUUUAUUUUUGUGAUUCUUGGCUGUGCUCACCUGUAAACUAAACUGAAAAUAAAAGGCAUUUUCCCCA